AGACGGAUUUACCCUAAUUCAAGGUCCUGUCCGACCGACCACACUGCUACUGGAUCUACUCGCUUGACCUGGAAACGCUGAUCAGGGGAUGAGCAUGUGAUUACAGGCAGACCGUUCCAACCGUCCAUACAGGCAUUUGUCUGUUGACAAAUCAAUGCUUGACUCAGCCACCAGACCAGGAAGGAAGGGGCAACCCGACACACAGGAGCAGAGCUGUUGUUUUGGCCAGGAAACCAUUGUGUGUGAUAUCCAUUCUGGUCCAGGUCGUGGAUAGUGCAGGAUGUACAUCUAUCUAACAGUGUGUGGGUUACUCUCUGGUGGAUCGGAUCACUUAUUUUGAAGCUUUUAUUUCAAUGUGAAUCACUGUAAUAUAUAGAGGAGGAUAUGAAUUAUGAACGACAGUAAUGGUGUUGAUUCAGACAAAGAAAUGAUUAGCAGAUUUUCAGCUUGAGAGGUGGGUUCUGUUUUUGUUGCAGUCAGGGGAAAGGUGAGGCGAUUAGGGUGCAUGGCUGAAUAUGGCCACAGCAAGUAGAGGAGUGCAUGGGAACUACGCACACAGCGGAGCGGUACAACCAGAGCUGAUCCAAUCAGCAAGACAAAGUGCGCAGGAGAUGGCCGAUUAUUAUCACAGCAAGGUGGUACAAAACGGUCACUCCUCUUCAUCUCAACAAUCGGAAGAUAACUAUUACAGGCCAGGCUCAGCCACGCAGAGCCAGGGCAACGGAUACCAGUCGGGGAGCACAGUAUCUAGGGGUGUGAGUACCCCAAGGAGCGAUAGCCGCUCUUGGGGAAGGAGCAGUGGAGAUAGUGGUAGUGGUCAACUCGGUUUGACCACUGGUCAAUUUCGAGCAACUCCAGUGAAGGUCGAUUUCCAGGCCAACGAGGAAGCAUCUGAAGUUGCGGAUAAUGAGAAAGACUAUCACAAGGAACUCAUGUCAUCAACGCAGGACUUGCUUGCAAGGCAGAGCCCUUGGCUUAGAAGUAAAGAGGAAGCUAGGCAGUAUUGGAGAGAUGAGGAAAAACGGACUCACAGAUCCCCUCAACAUCGAAGGCACAAUACCAGCCCUGACGGAAAAUACUUUGAGCAAGCUCUUGGGGUGGUCAGUGCCUCAACGGAAAGUCAUCGAACCCUAGCGUUGACCACAGAUAAUCUCAGGAAGUUUAACCGUGGGGGUGACUUACCCCGCAUGCCUCUGACACAGAAUUUGAGGCGUAGUAUGAGUAACUCAACAUUAGACAUAAUUGAGAAAACAGACUUCAAUGCAGCUGCUGUUACAAGGGAUUUUGGGAGUACAUCCUCGAUAGAUGUGCAGAGUACGGGAGGAGAGAGUUUCUUUAGAAUGCUGCAGGACUACAAGGCUGUGGAUGAGCGCAGUCCAGCGCCACCACAGUUCAAGCAGCUUAUCCAGGGUCGUGUGACCACAGUACACGAUGGGCGCAGCAACACUGCCCCUCUGCCUGCACGGACACCACAGACACCGCAGGCACCACCCAAGCAACGCAGUACUACUAUCGAAAGAAGCCAAACCAUACCCAGUCCUAAACAACCUCGCAGGUACCCGAGCAAAAGAGAAAAGAGGGACAGAACUAAAUCAUACUCGAACAAUGAGCGCAGGCACGAGGGCUCCUUCUUUAGGAAACUGCGAAAAGGGGAAAGAGGUGAUAUUUCCAAAGAAAACAGUGACAAUAGAACUGCUGAUGAAAUGCUUGAAACAAGGAUUGAAGAGGGUGUUAGGAGGAGAGCAUUUGAGCAUUUUGAUGUGCAGAGCUUACACUUUGAACUUGGGGAUUUAACCAGGAGUAGUGACUUAAUUGCCAAGGGCAACGUGACUACAGGUGCUUCAGCAGCUUCCAAGGCCAGUUCUACCAAUACACCUGAAGGGAGCGUAGAGGAUCUUUUAACCAAUGAAGAGCAGGACCCCGGUGACAAGCAGAGCAACGAUCUCCUCAGCAGUUGUCCUUAUUUCCGUAACGAGAUUGGGGAUGAGGUCGAACCCAGGGUCACACUCUCCAAGAUGGGCAUGCUUAGUACCAGAGCAAUGAGAAGGUAUCGCCAUCAAACGAUUCUUGAGAAGAGGGGGGCUUCCGAGCUCAUCACCAACGAUGACCAAUCCAAUUACGUCUGGCGUGGGCCUGUCAUAGAACACAUGGACCAAGGCGCCCUGUAUUAUCGCAAGUACUUCUACAAACAUGAACAUCAGAACUACUUUGGUGUGGAUGACUUUCUUGGUCCUCUGGCUGUCAGCGUCCGUAGGGAGAGAGUGGAGGAACAGGAGAGUCCGGUGGAGAAUAGCAAAGACCAUAACAUGAGAUAUAGAUAUAGGAUUCUACUCAGAUCCAGUGAGGUAAGCAUUGCUUGA